CUGAUUAUAUUCCUCUCUUGCAUCUCUCUCGCUGUCUUUUCUCUCUCUUUCCUUUUCCUAAUGCUAUGUUUCACCAAUUUUAUUGGUGACCAUGAAAAGAUCAUCAGCUGUUAAUUAUACCAAAGAGUUCAAUACAAAUAGUAUAGAAUGGGAGCUCAGACCUGGUGGUAUGCUUGUUCAGAAGAGACAGCCUCUUCACUCUUCUUCUUCUUCUUCCUCCUCCAUGAUCAACAUCAAGGUCUCUUAUGGUUCUCAUCACCAUCACAGUAUUACCCUCUCUCCACAGUCCACUUUUGGGGAUCUGAAGAGAGCCCUUGAAUCUGAGACUGGUUUGAAGCCUGAGGAACAGAGAUUGAUAUUCAGAGGGAAAGAGAAGGAGGAUGAAGAAAGGUUGGAUAUGGUGGGAGUGAAAGAUAUGUCAAAGAUUAUACUGCUGGAAGAUCCUGCAAGUAGAGACAGGAAGCUUAAGGAGAUUCAGAAGAAUGAAGAUAUCUUAAAAGCUUCUGAAUCAGUUUCCAUUGUCAGAUCAGAAGUUGAUAAGCUAUCAGAAAAGGUGGGUGCUUUGGAGAGAACAGUGAAUGGUGGCACUAAAGUUGCAGAGAAGGAAUUUGUGAUAUUGACAGAAUUGCUGAUGGUUCAGUUGCUGAAACUGGACUCAAUAGAGGCAGAUGGAGAAGCUAAAGCAGAGAGACGAAUCGAGGUACGUCGCGUGCAGGACUAUGUAGAGACACUUGACAACCUCAAGGCAAGAAAUUGUAAUGCUUUUACCAUUGCCAACAAUAAUAAUAAAGCAGUGUCGGUGAGCACCAAAUGGGAGAUAUUUCAAUCAUCCACUACUGUCAUCUCUCACAACUGGGAGCUCUUUGACUAAUAAAUGAUCAUUAAUACAACUCCAAGUUAGUUUAUUAAGCAUUUAUGUACAUUUGUUUCAAUAAUUCAGUAAUAGUUUGCUGGCAAAUGUAUAAGAGUCAUGCCUCAAGAAAUGUAUAUAUAGAUGUAUUUGUGAGUGUGUGUAUAUACACAUAUAUGAUUUUGUAUUGUUUAUUUUAUGAAAACCAGCUAGUUUCCUUUUCA